GGAAACCAGGCCCCCAUGGUCUGGAUCUCCUUGAAGGACCUGCCACUGCCUCGGAAAAGCAGCAGCUGUCGAACCAGCAACAGGAAGAGCCUGAUCCUGACCAGCACGUCCCCGACGCUGCCGCGGCCCCACUCGCCCCUCCCGGGCCACAUCGGCAGCAGCCCCCUGGAUAGCCCGCGGAACUUCUCCCCCAACACACCUGCCCACUUCUCCUUCGCCUCCUCCCGCAGGGCAGACGGGCGCCGCUGGUCUCUGGCUUCGCUCCCCUCAUCCGGCUAUGGAACCAACACGCCCAGCUCCACCGUGUCGGUGAGUCCAGCUCCCUGCUCGUCCCAGGAGCGGCUGCACCAGCUGCCCUACCAGCCUACCAUGGAUGAGCUGCAUUUCCUCUCCAAGCACUUUGGCAGCACCGAGAGCAUCACCGACGAGGAUGGGGGCCGCCACUCGCCCGCUGUGCGCCCCCGGUCCCGGAGCCUCAGCCCGGGCCGCUCCCCCUCCUCUUACGACAACGAGAUUGUGAUGAUGAACCAUGUGUACAAGGAACGGUUCCCCAAGGCUACGGCGCAGAUGGAGGAGAAGCUGCAGGAUUUCGUCAGGGCCUUCGAGCCGGAGAGCGUGCUGCCCCUGGCCGACGGAGCGCUCAGCUUCAUCCACCACCAGGUCAUCGAGCUGGCCCGGGACUGCCUGGCCAAGGCCCGCGACGGGCUCAUCACCAGCGUCUACUUCUACGAGCUGCAGGAGAACAUGGAGAAGCUGCUGCAGGACGUGAACUUGUUAGCCUAUCAAAGAAAGCUAUCAGAUUCGUUUGACAUGAUUUUUGUGAGCAGAAGAAUUCCUUAAUUACUUGCUCCAUUAUCUUUCCUGGCACAGAAGUUAAACUGACUGGAAUUUAACCCGGAGGAGUUUUACCACCUGCUGGAGGCAGCCGAGGAUCACGCCAAAGAGGGACACCUGGUGAAGACGGAUAUUCCCCGGUACAUCAUCUGCCAGCUGGGGCUCACCCGCGACCCCUUCACAGACAUGGUGCAUCUGGAGGAACACGACAGCGGGGGAUCCAACACGCCCGAGACAGACGAGUUCAUGGAGGGCCGAGGAGCCGCCCUGAAACACAAGAAACCGCCAGGAGAAGGGGACUUUGAAACCAUCAAACUCAUUAGCAAUGGGGCCUAUGGGGCCGUGUACUUGGUGCGGCACAAGGAGACCCGGCAGCGCUUCGCCAUGAAGAGGAUCAACAAGCAGAACCUGAUCCUGCGGAACCAGAUCCAGCAGGCCUUCGUGGAGCGCGACAUCCUCACCUUCGCCGAGAACCCCUUCGUCGUCAGCAUGUUCUGCUCCUUCGAGACCAAGCGCCACCUCUGCAUGGUCAUGGAGUAUGUGGAAGAAGCUGGGCAAAGGCUGGGGGGAGUCCGGGUAGUGGAGGAGCAGACGGAGAGAGAAGUAACUGCUGGGAAGGAGCCUGAGUGUGAACUUGCAGGGUGGGGACUGCUCCAGGCUGUCGGGGCCCUGCCCGUGGAGUUGGCACGGAUGUACUUCGCCGAGACCGUGCUGGCGCUGGAGUAUCUGCACAACUACGGGAUUGUCCACCGCGACCUCAAACCCGACAACCUGCUCAUCACCUCCAUGGGGCACAUCAAGCUGACGGACUUCGGCCUCUCCAAGAUGGGCCUGAUGAGCCUCACGACCAACCUGUACGAGGGCCACAUCGAGAAGGACGCUCGCGAGUUCCUGGACAAGCAGGUGGGGCCGCAGGGGGGCGCCUUCGAGGUGAAGCAGCACAACUUCUUCAAGGGGCUCGACUGGGCGGGGCUGCUGCGUCAGAAAGCCGAGUUCAUCCCCCACCUGGAAUCGGAGGAGGACACCAGCUACUUUGACAGCAAGUGCCACCCCCGGGACCCCCCCCCGAUGGUGCUGGGCUCACGCGGUGGCUCCCCCCUGGCCAGCCCGAUGUCGCCUCGCUCCCUGUCCUCGAACCCGUCCUCGCGGGACUCCUCCCCGAGCCGCGACUACUCGCCUGCCGUCACCGCCCUGCGCUCGCCCAUCACCAUCCAGCGCUCCGGCAAGAAGUACGGCUUCACGCUGCGCGCCAUCCGCGUCUACAUGGGCGACAGCGACGUCUACAGCGUGCAUCACAUCGUCUGGCACGUGGAGGAGGGGGGCCCGGCCCACGAGGCGGGGCUCUGCGCCGGGGACCUCAUCACCCACGUCAACGGGGAGCCCGUGCACGGGCUGGUGCACACUGAGGUGGUGGAGCUCAUCCUGAAGGUCAGUGAGAGGGAGAAAGGGGCUGACACCCAGGCCCCGAAGGAUGCAGACCCCCAGGCCCCCAAGGCCACCAACGACCUGGUGCUCCGGCGCGCCCGGCACCAGCAGCUGUCUGGGGAGAGGGAGGAAGGGUCUGACACCCAGGCCCCGAAGGAUGCAGACCCCCAGGCCCCCAAGGCCACCAACGACCUGGUGCUCCGGCGCGCCCGGCACCAGCAGCUGUCUGGGGAGUCAGCGAGCGAGAGGCGCAGCGCCCGGGCCGGGGGCAAGGUCAUCAAAUCUGCCUCCGCCACCGCCCUGUCCGUCAUGAUCCCCGCAGGAUAG